AUGGAAGCUAUUAGAUCAAGAACAGAAACUCAUUUACAUAAUAUAAGGUCAAAUAGAUCAGAGGUUAGAUCAAUUGAUCCACAACAUAAUGCAGGUGAUGAAGACCUUUUGAAUCAAAUUGGUUAUAAACAAGAAUUAAGAAGACAUUAUUCCACUUUAGAAACGUUUGGUAUAAGUUUUUCAAUCAUGUCUUUAUUACCAUCAAUUUCUUCAAUUUUACCAACAUUAUUAGAAUCAGGAUUAGGUGGAGCAUUUUGGAGUUGGUUGGCAGCUUCAAUUAUGAUAACGAUUGUUGGAAUUUCAAUGUCAAUGGCUGCUAGUGCUAUUCCUACCUCUGGUGGUUUAUAUUACUACACCAACUAUUAUUGUCCUGAUAGUUACCGUGUUCCUUUAAGUUUUUUAAUUGGUUGUGCAAAUUCUUUAGGUUUAUUAGGUGGAUAUUGUUCAAUUAGUUAUGGAUUUGCAGUAGAAGUCUUAUCAGCAGUUAGUAUAUCACAAGAUGGAGCCUUUGAAGUAACUAAUGGUAAAAAUUAUGGUGUAUUUGCAGCAACUGUUAUAUCAACAAUGAUUAUUGCAUGUUUAGCUACUAAACAAGCUGCAAAAUUACAAGCUAUCUCAAUUUACGUCAAUGUUUUCUUGGUAUUAUUAUUUGUCAUUGCUGUACCAGUUGGAUUUUCUAAGCAUCACACAUUCAACUCUAGAGGUAUGAUUUUUGGGGAUUUUACAAAUGCAAGAAGUUGGCCAGUUGGAUGGAGUGUAUGUUUAAGUUUACAAGGAGCUGUUUGGGUUAUUGGAUCAUUUGAUUCAGUUAUUCAUUGUUCAGAAGAAUGUAAAAACCCUCAAAAAGCCAUGGCUUGGGGUAUAGUUGGUUCAAUCGUUGCAUGUGCUAUCUUGGGAGUUGCAGUAGUUGCAGUAUGUUGUGCUUGUAUAAUUGGUGGUGAUAUUACAAGAAUUUUAGAUAGUGAAACUGGAUCAGCAAUGGCACAAAUUAUUUAUGAUUCAUUAGGAAAAAAAUGGGCAGUUGCAUUUAUGGCAUUAAUUUCAGUUGGUCAAUAUCUUAUGGCUAUAUCUAUUACUAUUGCCAUUAGUCGUCAAAUUUGGUCUUUUGCUAGAGAUGAUGGAUUACCUAUUAUUUAUAAUUGGGUUAAAUAUGUUGAUCCAAGAGUUAAAGUACCAGUUAGAGCUACUAUUUUAGCAGGAAUUAUUGCAUUAUUAUUGGGUUUACUUUCAUUAAUUAAUGGUAAUGCUGGUUCAAAUGCUUUAUUUUCAUUAGCCAUUAAUUCAAACAGUUUAGCUUGGAUGAUGCCAACAUUAUUAAUCUUAUUACCAUAUGGUAGAAAAAAAUUCAUACCUGGACCAUUUUGGUUUGGUAAACCAAUAAGUUAUACUAUUAUGUUACUUGCAGUACUUUGGUUAAUGUUUAUUAUUAUAUCAUCAACUUUCCCAGAUAAUAAAGAAGUUGAUAAAAAUACAAUGAAUUAUACUGUUGUUAUAAAUGUUGGUGUUUGGAUAUUAUCAUUAUUUUAUUAUUAUGUUCAUGGAUAUAAAAAAUAUUCUGGUCCAAGAUCCAAUUUGGAUAUGCCAGAUUAUGUUGAUGGUUCAAGUGUUGCUUUAAUGGAUGAAGUAUUAUCUGAAAAGGCUUAA